AUGAGAGGCCUUAGCAGUUUUAUGAAACGAAUAUUAUUAUUGAGAGUAGGUGGACAUUUGAUGUACGCGAUGAUUAAACUAGAAGUACUAAAAAUUACAGUACAUACUGAAGACAGUACUAUCAAAGUUAGAUGGAGGAUAAGAGGUCUGUCUGCUUACAAAGCGUUUUUUAAUUUUUGGAAAUUCAAGUGGUUGAUGAGUGUCGGCGGUAUAUCGUCAUUGGAGACGUGGUAUGAUGGAUUUUCUACAUUUUACGUAAACGCAGACUGUUUAGUGUACAGACAUGUAGCUGAUAAGAUGAUGCCUGAUGAAGAAACAGAACCAGUCAAAGCAAAACCAGAUAUUGCCGCUAAAUUAGCAGCAUGAGUCGGGCUUCUAGAAUUUUCAAAGAGGCUCUAUUGUUAUUUGUCCAACAAAAAAUAUUAAAAAUUAAACUGAAUCAAUACAUUCGUCUUGUAUCUGGAGUUUUAUUUCCGUACCUCUUUUGUCGAUCAGUAUCAGUAUCAGUAAAUUUUUUUUUUAAUAAAUAGUUUAGAGGUAAUUUAUUAUUUUUAAUUUAUAAAUGGAUCGUAACUCAUUAAUCUUAUAAAAAUAUCUGAUUAUAUGAUAUUACUC